AUGCAUGGAUUCUUUUAUGUUGUUAAUCAUGGUGUUGAUAUAAAGUUGAUUGAACGAUUGGAUAGUGCCAGUAGACAGUUCUUUGCAUUGGACGAGCAGACAAAGAUGAAAUGGCGCAUGGAGCUAGGUGGCAAAGCAUGGCGAGGAUACUUUCCACUGGGUGGCGAGGUGACCUCUGGCAAACCAGACAUGAAAGAGGGUCUCUACCUUGGUCAAGAGUUGGACGUCACACAUCCUUUGCCAAUGCAUGGUCCCAACCUAUUUCCAGACACACCAGCAGAUUUGAAGAGUCUGGUAUUAGAGUACAUUGAAAGUGUUACCAAGCUUGGACAUUCAAUCAUGGAGGCUAUUGCAUUGAGUCUUGGUCUCGAUCAAUCAUACUUUUAUAAUCUCUACACAAAGAACCCAUUAGUACUCUUCAGGUUGUUCAACUACAAGUCACACACCAAGCAAGGUACUGAUACUACUCUAUGGGGUGUUGGCGAGCAUACUGACUAUGGCUUGUUGACUAUGUUAUACCAGGAUGAUAUAGGUGGACUUCAGGUCAAGGUACCAAAGGUAGGAUGGGUACCUGCACCUCCAGUACAUAACAGUUUCAUUUGUAAUAUAGGAGAUAUGUUGGAUAGGGUAUCAGGUGGAUUGUAUAAAUCAACUCCACAUAGAGUGGCAUUGAAUACAUCUGGUAGAGAUAGAUUAUCAUUCCCCUUAUUCUUUGAUCCCAACUUUAGUUCAACAGUAUAUCCAAUUCCAGGUAUUACAAUCAAUGACAAUGAUAACCGAUGGGAUGACAUGAACCUGUUCGACAUCAAGGGUACCUAUGGCGAUUACCUCUUAAACAAAGUUGGAAAAGUGUUUCCGCAGUUGUCAAAGACGGCCUUGCCCAAUACCGAA